UUUGGAAACUAGUUGAUCAGUUUGACUGACGGAGCCCCUCAGCUCGUAAUUAUCAUGACCUGCCUUCUCAUCGUGGCUCUAACGCUGUGUGCUGUUUUGACACCUUCAGCCUCUGUUGACAGCUGUGAUGGGUGUCUGCGCUUCGCCUCCUACUAUGGAGAUCACAUGGUGCUGCAGAGGUCUCCAGAGAGAGCUGUGCUGUGGGGGUACGGCCCUGACGGUGGACAUGUCACCGUCUCCUUGUCAGGACCAGUAAAUCAGAAAACCUCACCGGUCCCUGUGUUAGAAGGUGUCUGGCAAGUCACCAUGGACCCUGUCGACGCUGGCGGUCCCUACAAUGUGACGGCAGCCACUGAAGGCAGCACGGCCACUCUCACAGAUGUGCUGUUUGGAGAUGUUUGGCUGUGUGGAGGGCAGAGCAACAUGGGCUUUGAAACAUAUAAGAUUUUUAAUGCGUCAGAUGAGCUGGCCCUCGUACCAAACUAUUCCCAAGUGCGACCUUUCAUGGUAGCCUUGGAAAAGAGUCAAACUGAGCUGAUGGAUCUGAUAGAAGUGAAACUUCCCUGGACUGUGCCUACAGCUGGCAAUGUGGCUGACUUCUCUGCGCUGUGCUGGCUCUUUGGACAUUACAUGCAUGACAUUCUGAAGUACCCCAUAGGACUGGUGGAGUCCUGUUGGUCGGGCACGCCUGUUGAAAUGUGGUCAUCUACACGGGCACUGCAGCAGUGUGGACUAGCCCAAAGCACAGAAGAGAAAGCCUUUCCCAGUGUGACCGAUUCUGUCUUGUGGAAUUCAAUGAUCCACCCACUGCUCAACAUGACCAUCAAAGGAGCCAUCUGGUACCAAGGUGAGUCAAAUGCAGACUUGAACCAGGAUGAGUACAACUGUUCCUUCCCUGCUAUGAUCGAUGACUGGAGGAUGGCGUUUCACCAGGGCUCAGGGGGCCAGACAGCUGCUGAUUUCCCCUUUGGGUUUGUCCAGCUGUCCACUUACUUAAAGACCUCCACAAGUGAUGCCUUUCCAAACAUCCGCUGGCACCAGACGGCAGACGUGGGCUUUGUCCCAAAUCCACGGAUGCCGCGAACCUUCAUGGCCGUGGCUUUGGAUUUACCUGACGAAUUCUCUCCCUAUCACACGAUCCAUCCGCGGUACAAGCGAGAUAUAGCUUACAGGCUGUCACUGGGCGCAAGGGCAGUGGCUUAUAAUGAAACAGAUGUGCACUUCCUUGGACCUUUCCCCAACCAAACCCUGUGCUCAGGAAUGCAUGUCAACAUAACUUACGACCAGGCAGUGUCUGUCACACCAUCUUCACACGUCUUUGAGAUCUGUUGCUCUGCGAAUCAAGCUCCAUGCGGGCCGAAGUCCCUCUGGGUUCCAGCUCCUAUCACAAACUGGGGUCCGACCACUGUCCAGUUAUCCACCAGUUUGUGUUCCCCCACUGAAGAAGCAGCUGCUGUUCGUUAUGCAUGGAGAGAUUGGCCUUGUGACUAUAAAGCUUGUCCAAUCUACAGCCUCAGCGGCAUUUUACCUGGCCCUCCUUUUAUUUCAAAUUGCCACCAAGGAAACAAUUAGAAAAGUCACAGAACCAGAAAAUGUAAAAAGAUGUGAUGCAGAAUCAGGAGAAAUUUUGCAGAAUGGGCAGAUGAUUCAUCUAUAAACGUGCUAUACGUCAGUGUGGCAGGACGAUCACCAUCAUUUUGUACAGGGCUUUUCAAAGCUCAGAAACUAUUGUGGCUAUUUAGUAAAUACACUUUUGGUUAGACUGUUUACAUGCAAUCUAUGCUGUUAGAACCAAUGCCAAUAAAUGCUGGACCUUAUGAAUUUAAAAAAA